UUUCAGCUUCUAUGGUGCUUAUCGGCUUUGGUGGUGGUGGUGGUGAUGGAGGUGGUAGUGGUGGUGGUGGUGGUGAUGAUGAUGAUGAUAGUAAUACACUGAUACAUUGAUCUCUCAACUCGCGAAGUUUAUCCGGCGUAAUUAUUAAUAAAAGCGAGUUGCUUCAGCCCUGUCACCCGCCAUCCGAUUCGUGAACUGUGCUCCUUAGCCGACCAAGCAAGAUAAAACCAGAAAAGUGUCUGCAAGAGGCCAGCCAGUCUUCCUACACAUACCAGCUCCUUUUAACCUAACGCCGCUUUCCUCACUAUUCGGAUUUUUUUUUUAUAUACAUCGAAACAACGAUGGGACACUCUGCAUCUCGGCAAAAAAUCAACGUGUGGGUUACCCUGGAGCGAGGCUCCUCCCUGGUGGACUCCAUCAAGCUCUCGUGCAGGGAGUCCACCUGCUGCGUGAAGAGGAGGCGGACGAUCGCCUCAGUCAAGCUCCCUGUGGACGGCUGGUCUUGCGUCGCGGGGAUUCAAGGCUGCCACGCCGAGGGUCAGCUGCGUGUGCCAUUGGCGAAGCUGUGCAGGAAAGACGGCAACGCGUCCGUCAGGGUGCAAUGCACCUCUCUCCAGAAGCCAGUCCUCACCUCCUCCAUGCCGCUGGCCUGGCUGCUGGACAACGUAAGCGGCCUCCACUUCUCACUGUUUUGCGACGACGGGCCCGUCUUCACCAGCCUCAGGUGCAAUGGAAGGCGGUGUGGCGAACCUGUCCGGGCGGUGAGCCCUGCACCGCGUGCAGCCACAGAUGGGGUGGCCAGGACCGACGAGGCUGAUGCCUGGGCAGCCUUUGAAGUGACGACCCAUGAUGACUGGUUCGUGGAGGCCGAUCAUUCAUGGGCAGCCCCAGACUUGGUGACCUCCGCUGCUAGGGCUGAGGCUGACGAUUCAUGGGCAGCCUUUGACAUGGCGACCCGUGAUGACUGGUCCACGGAGGCUGAUGAUCCAUGUGCAUCCGCCGCACUGGUGGCCGCCAUCACCGAUGAGGCUGAUGAUGCAUGGGCAGCCUUCGAAGUGAUGACCAGUGAUGACUGGUCUGAUCAGGCUGACGAUUCAUGGGCAGCCUUUGACAUGGCGACCCGUGAUGACUGGUCCGUGGAGACUGAUGAUCCAUGGGCAUCCGCCGAAUUGGUGGCCGCCAUCACCGAUGAGGCUGAUGAUGCAUGGGCAGCCUUCGACAUGGCGACCCGUGAUGACUGGUCCGUGGAGACUGAUGAUCCAUGGGCAUCCGCCGAAUUGGUGGCCGCCAUCACCGAUGAGGCUGAUGAUUCAUGGAAAGUCCUCGAAAUGAAAACCAGUGAUGACUGGUCUGAUGAGGCUGAUGAUUCAUGGGCAGCCUUUGACAUGGCGACCCGUGAUGACUGGUCCGUGGAGGCCGAUGAUCCAUGGGCAUCCGCCGAAUUGGUGGCCGCCAUCACCGAUGAGGCUGAUAACGCAUGGGCAGCCUUCGAAGUCAUGACCAGUGAUGACUGGACCGUAGAGGCCUUCCUGGACUUCACAGCCAUCUGUGCUAUCGUCGUGUCCACUGUCCUGCUCUUCUAUGCAGCCUGGUAAAACACUCACCAGUGACCCCCGGCGCAGGCCGCGAGCCACGCCGUGAGCCACACUCCCGGGGAGCGAGAAACAUCCUUUGGUGACCGUCGCUCUAAUUACACCUUCACGGGAGGAGCUCGAGCCAUUUUUCUUAUCUUAUCAAUGAAGUAUUUACAAG